AUGGCGCUUCCCAUCAAGUUCACUGAACUGGUUCAGUUGACGAACCUUGAUAUUGCGCCUGCUUCAAUAUCGUUCAACUCCUGUACACUAGAAUCCGACCACUAUGUUUGCGUACGACAGAAACUUAAUGAACAAGAGAAGCCUCAAGUCAUAAUCGUCAACCUCAAGAACAACAAUGAAGUCACCAAGCGUGCUAUCAGCGCCGACAGCGCGAUCAUGCACUGGACACGCGAAAUCCUCGCUCUCAAGGCACAAGGCAAAACAAUCCAAGUCUUCGACCUUGCGGCCAAGGCCAAGCUGAAGUCCACGGUCAUGAGCGAUGACGUGGUGUUCUGGAAAUGGUACAGCGAGCGCAGCUUGGGUCUGGUCACAGAUACAUCGGUGUACCAUUGGGAUGUCUUCGACCCCACACAAUCGGCUCCUGUCAAGUUGUUCGAACGAAAUCCAAACUUGAGCGGUUGUCAGAUCAUCAAUUAUCGUGUGAGCGAUGAUGAGCAGUGGAUGGUAAUUGUGGGCAUAUCGCAGCGAGAAGGCAGAGUGGCUGGCACCAUGCAGCUCUACUCUCGUAACCGUGGCAUUUCACAACACAUUGAAGGACAUGCCGCAGCGUUUGGAACUUUCCAUGCGGAGGGGAAUCCUCUGCCUCACAAGUUGUUCACCUUUGCUGUGCGCAACGCUGCUGGCCAAGGAAAGCUGCACGUUGUGGAGAUUGACCCGAGCGAGAGCAAUACUCGGUUCACCAAGAGAGCAGUCGAUGUCUAUUUUCCCGACGAAGCUGUCAAUGAUUUCCCGGUGGCUAUGCAAAUCUCGAAGAAGUACAGUAUCAUCUACAUGAUCACCAAGUAUGGGUUCAUCCACCUGUACGACCUGGAAACCGCCACGUGCAUCUUCAUGAACCGUAUCUCCAGCGAGACCAUCUUUGUCACUGUUCCGGACUCCGAAUCAGCUGGCAUUGUUGGGAUCAACCGGAAAGGCCAGGUGCUCUCAGUCAGUGUCGACGACAAUACCAUUAUCCCGUACCUGCUACAGAACCCGGCCAAUUCCUCUCUCGCGAUCAAGCUGGCAUCACGGGCUGGACUACCAGGCGCUGAUAAUCUCUAUCAACAGCAAUUCGAAACCCUCUUUGCUCAGGGAAACUACGCCGAAGCUGCCCAGAUUGCCGCGGACUCGCCCAGAGGCUUCCUGAGAACUCCUGAGACGAUUAACCGGUUCAAAGUUGCUCCACAGCAGCCCGGCCAGCUUUCAGUUAUUCUUCAGUACUUCGGAAAGCUGCUUGACAAAGGGAAAUUGAACAAGUAUGAGAGUGUGGAACUCAUUAAGCCUGUUUUGGCGCAGAAUCGAAAGAAUCUCCUUGACAAGUGGAUGAGCGAGGGCAAACUGGAGUCAUCAGAAGAGCUUGGUGACAUUGUCCGGUUGCACGACCUGGAGCUUGCUCUGAGAAUUUACCGUGAAGCUAAUGUCCCACCGAAGGUGGUGGCAGCUUUGGCAGAGACCGGACGAUUGGAAGAGAUCCUUCCGUACGCACAAUCGGUUAACUACAAGCCUGAUUUCACGACUCUGCUGCAACACAUUGUGCGAGCCAAUCCCGAUAAAGGAGCUGAAUUCGCCACUCAGCUUGCGAACAACGAAGGUGGUCCUUUGAUUGACAUUGACCGAGUUGUCGAUGUGUUCAUGUCUCAAAACAUGAUCCAGCAAGCAACUGCCUUCCUUCUCGAUGCUCUCAAGGAAAACCGUCCGGAGCAAGGCCAUUUGCAGACGCGCCUCUUGGAGAUGAAUCUGCUCAACGCACCACAAGUCGCCGAUGCAAUCCUCGGGAAUGAAAUGUUCUCGUAUUACGACAAGCCUAGGAUUGCUCGUCUCUGCGAACAGGCUGGCCUCCUUCAACGUGCGCUCGAGAAUACCGACGAUCCAGCGACCAUCAAGCGCAUUAUCGUGCAAACCGACAAGCUCAACCCCGAGUGGCUACAACAAUACUUUGGGCGUAUGACGGUCGAGCAGUCUCUUGACUGCUUGGAUGAAAUGCUCAAGGUCAACAUCCGCCAGAACCUAGCUGCGGCGAUCCAAAUCGCCACCAAGUUCUCUGAUUUGUUGGGUCCCAGCCGGUUGAUUGCCUUGUUCGAAAAGCAUCGUACGGCAGAAGGCCUCUACUACUACCUUGGAAGUAUUGUCAACCUUAGCGAGGAUCCAGAUGUGGUCUUCAAAUAUCUGGAGGCAGCCGUGGCCAUGCAGCAGUUCCAGGAGGUGGAGAGAAUCUGUCGGGAGAACAACCAUUAUAACCCGGAAAAGGUCAAGAACUUCCUCAUAGAGGCACGACUGGCUGAGCAGCUCCCCUUGAUCAUCGUCUGUGAUCGAUUCAAUUUCGUCAAAGACCUGGUCAACUACCUCUACCGCAAUCAACAGUACAAAUCUAUUGAGGUGUACGUUCAACGUGUGAACCCGUCCCGCACUCCGGCUGUUGUUGGAGCCUUGCUUGCACUGGAUUGUGACGAGUCCGUCAUCAAGAACCUUCUGACAUCCGUUGACCCUGCAUCGGUGCCCAUGGAUGAGCUUGUCAGCGAGGUGGAGACCCAGAACCGUCUCAAACUCUUGCUUCCCUUCCUUGAGCGGACAUUGGCACACGGCAUUCAGGAGCCCGCGGUCUACAACGCGCUGGCCAAGAUUUACAUCGAUAGUAACGCCGAACCGGAGAAGUUCCUCAAGGAGAACGAUCUGUACGACACUCUGACGAUUGGUAAAUACUGUGAGAAGCGUGACCCCAACCUGGCCUACAUUGCAUAUCGCAAAGGCCAGAAUGAUCUGGAGUUGAUCAACGUCACCAAUGAGAACUCGAUGUUCCGAGCUCAAGCCCGCUACCUCCUGGAACGCGCGGAUCCCGAGAUCUGGGGAUUUGUUCUCUCAGAAAAUAACCCUCAUCGCAGAUCGCUGAUUGACCAGGUCAUUGCGACAGCUGUUCCGGAAUCGACAGAACCUGACAAGGUGUCAAUUGCAGUCAAGGCAUUCCUGGACGCUGAUCUCCCGGCUGAAUUGAUUGAACUGCUCGAAAAGAUCAUCCUCGAGCCCUCGCCGUUCAGCGAGAACACCAGUCUACAGAAUUUGCUCAUGCUCACAGCAGCCAAGGCCGACAAGUCGCGUCUUAUGGACUACAUCCAACGACUCUCCGAGUUCAGCACGGAGGAGAUCGCAAACAUGUGUAUCCAACAGGGGUUGUAUGAGGAGGCUCUCGAGAUUUACAAGAAGGUCAAUGAUCAUCUUUCUGCCGCCAACGUCCUCGUGGAUCACAUUGUCAGCAUUGACCGUGCUCAAGAAUAUGCCGAAAAUGUCGAUCUGCCCGAGGUCUGGAGCAAGGUGGCCAAAGCCCAGCUUGACGGAUUGAGAGUCAGCGAUGCGAUUGAGUCGUACAUCAAAGCUCAAGACCCCAGCAACUACAAUGAGGUCAUUGAGACAGCUACCCAUGCAGGAAAAGACGAGGAACUUGUCAAAUUCCUCAAGAUGGCACGUAAGACCCUACGUGAGCCGGCCAUCGACACUGCACUCGCGUUCUGCUACGCUCGACUCGACCAAUUGCCCGAGCUCGAAGAUUUCUUGCGGUCUCCCAAUGUGGCCGACAUCGAAGCAUGUGGUGACAAAGCGUAUGAGGAAGGCUAUCACCAGGCCGCCAAGAUCUUUUACACCAACAUUUCCAACUGGGCAAAACUGGCUACGACUCUGGUGCACCUUGGUGAGUAUCAAAACGCCGUGGAUUGUGCCCGGCGCGCGAACAGCGUCAAGGUGUGGAAGCAAGUCAACGAGGCCUGCGUUGCAAAGAAAGAAUUUCGCCUGGCGCAGAUCUGCGGUCUCAACCUCAUUGUGCAUGCGGACGAGUUGCAAGAUCUCGUCAAGCAGUACGAGCGUGCAGGCUACUUCGACGAGCUCAUCUCGUUGCUCGAAGCGGGCUUGGGCCUGGAGCGUGCGCACAUGGGCAUGUUCACGGAACUUGGCAUUGCCCUUUCCAAAUACCAUCCGGAGCGCGUGAUGGAGCAUCUCAAGCUUUUCUGGUCGAGAAUCAACAUCCCCAAGAUGAUUCGAGCCUGUGAGGAGGCGCAUCUCUGGCCUGAGCUCAUCUUCCUGUACUGCCACUACGACGAGUGGGACAACGCAGCACUGGCGAUGAUGGAACGGGCCGCGGACGCUUGGGAGCACCAUUCAUUCAAGGACAUCAUUGUCAAGGUGGCCAACCUGGAAAUCUACUACCGGGCUCUCAACCAUUAUUUGCAGGAGCAGCCGCUGUUGUUGACCGAUUUGUUGCAGGUGCUCACACCUCGGAUUGAUGUGAACCGAGUGGUCCGGAUGUUCGAGAAGUCGGACAACAUCCCCAUCAUCAAACCGUUCCUGCUUAGUGUACAGGGUCAGAACAAGCGGGUGGUGAACAAGGCGAUCCACGACCUCCUCAUCGAAGAGGAAGACUACAAGACGCUGCGGGAUUCGGUGGAGAACUACGACAACUACGAUGCCGUUGAACUGGCUCAGCGUCUGGAGAAGCAUGAGCUUGUGUUCUUCCGACAGAUUGCCGCGCAGAUCUAUCGCAAGAACAAGCGGUGGGAGAAAUCCAUUGCUCUGUCGAAACAAGACAAGCUGUUCCGCGAUGCCAUUGAGACGGCGGCGAUGUCUGGCAAGCCAGAAGUGGUGGAGGAUCUGUUGAGAUAUUUUGUCGACAUCGGUAGCCGCGAAUGCUAUGUGGGCAUGCUAUAUGCCUGCUAUGACCUGAUCCCGUUGCAUACGGUGAUGGAGAUUUCGUGGCGUCAUGGCCUCAACGACUUCACCAUGCCAUUCAUGAUCAACUACAUGAGCCAGCAGGCCGCGACGAUCGAGCAGUUACGCAAAGACAACGAAGAACGCAAGGCCAAGGAGACCAGCCAGCAGAAGACGGAUGAUAACACUCCCAUCAUUGGAAGCCGACUGAUGCUGACACAAGGGCCUGCGCCAAUGGUCCCGACACCCACGGGCUACGGACACACGAAUGGCAUCACCCCACAACCCAGCGGGUUUCCUCGGGCCUUUUAA